AGUCGACGUCUCGCACCCUCCCUCUCUCCUCCCGUGGGUAGGCCAGGCCGCAUGCCACACCACCCCGCACCGGAUCUCGCCUCCGCCUCCUCCUCCUCCCGUGACCGGUUUCGGCGAGAAACCCCCAAAUCCGUGUGCGCCGCCCGUCGCCGCCCUAUAUCCCCUCCCCUCCGACGACCCAGGCUCUCCCCACUGCAUUCGGAGUCGUCCGCACCGCACGCGUUAGAUCCCACCAACCUAGGCGCUCCCUCUCCCUGCCCCGAUCGGCCCCCGUCACACCGGGGGCGCGCCGCCGCUCCGCCCGGCGCCGGGGGGUAUAAUACCGAGGGGGUGGAGCUCUCCUGCGGUUCCCCAUGCAGGAGCCGUGAGCUAGUCAGCCUGUUGCUGGACCAAGGCGGGUGCUGUGAGAUCGAUUGCUUCCUCGGUGAAUUUGGCCUUCUUGCCUAUGCUGACUGUAUUGCAUUGAUUGGCCCGGGACAUGGGAAUCUUGGAAUUCUGAAUCUGCUGUUGGAGCGAAUUGAACAUGGACAGAAGAAAAACUGGAGUGGUUCUAUUCUGCCUGCUCUUUGUCCUUGUUCGGACAGCCUCGGCCAUCGCUGAGACUGAGAUCGGUGAUGUGCGCGUUGUUCAGGAAGCGCCUGAUAGGAAGCUUGAGGGUGCAGGCAGACAGGAUGGGUUCAAGAGCAGGAGGGUUUCGGUGUCUACGGUUGCGUGGUCGACGCUUGCAAUGGCCGCUGUGACCGGGUUGGGUGCGCUGCCCUUCUUUUUCCUUGAGCUAGAGGCCCAGUGGGCAGGGCUUUGCAAUGGCCUGGCAGCCGGGGUGAUGUUAGCAGCGAGCUUUGACCUUGUGCAGGAAGGUCAGGUGUAUGGCAGUGGGAGCUGGGUUGUGUUUGGGAUUUUGAGCGGAGGGUUUUUCAUUUGGCUCUGCAAGAAGUUUCUCGAACAAUAUGGAGAAGUAAGCAUGCUGGAUAUAAAAGGUGCGGAUGCAAGUAAAGUUAUUCUUGUUGUUGGAAUAAUGACGCUCCAUUCCUUUGGGGAGGGUUCUGGUGUUGGUGUUUCCUUUGCUGGCUCAAAAGGAUUCUCUCAAGGUCUUUUAGUUACUAUAGCUAUUGCAGUACACAACAUACCUGAAGGCUUAGCUGUAAGCAUGUUACUGUCUUCUAGGGGUGUAUCCCCCCAAAAGGCAAUGAUAUGGAGUAUCAUAACAUCUUUACCACAGCCAAUUGUUGCUGUCCCUGCAUUCCUUUGUGCUGAUGCAUUUCAAAAGGUGCUUCCCUUCUGUACUGGUUUUGCUGCAGGAUGCAUGAUAUGGAUAGUUAUUGCAGAAGUUCUUCCUGAUGCUUUUAAGGAAGCCUCUCCAUCUCAAGUUGCUUCUGCUGGAACACUUGCUGUUGCUUUCAUGGAAACAUUGGGUACAGUUCUUCAGGGAUUUACUGAUGGCCACAACUCGGAAGACGCAGCAGGCUUUUUGGUAUCACUUGUAUUUGGACUUGGUCCACUUUUUGGAGGAAUUGUACUUGUCGCAUUCUCUCUUACUUUCAGCAUGCCGCACCCUCUUUUGACUGGUGUAGCAUCUGGCAUAGCCUUCCGUCUUGCAGCAUGGAGACCUUUACAACUUCUAAUGUCGUCGAAGAUGGGUCUAUUUACAACUUUAUUCCUCCUUAUUGGAGGUUCUCUCAUCUACCAUAUUGCCACAUCAAACAUCCUUAGGGUAGUUAACCGCAAGAAAUCUUCUAUUAAUCUCAUUACAUCGUCGUCAGGCCUCUCACUUAGUGUCCUCACACUGCAAUCACUCCUUGCCUGUGGUUCUGUCUUCCUUCAUGCAUAUGCUGAAGGUCUUCAACUUGGUGUGGCGGCACGCAAGGCUUAUGGUCUAGGACGCUACAUGGUUCUUCCGGUUUCCCUUCAUGGUCUACCACGAGGCGCUGCUGUUGCGAGCUGCAUAUAUGGUGCAACUGAUAGUUGGCGCGCAGCCUUGGCAGCUGCUGCUUUGACUGGCUUUGCAGGGCCAAGUGCUGCCAUCAGUGCAAUCCUCGCGAAGAUUGACUACAAUGGACUGGACUAUUGGAUGGUCAUUGCCUGUGGUGCUCUAAUUCCAAGCUUUGCCCGGGUCUUCAGACGCUCGCUAAGGUUGGACAUGCGGAAGAGCAUCUGUGGGCUUCUGAUAGGUUUGGCCUUUGCCUCUGUGUGCUUGAUGUCGACCAGAUUCAUCUGCUUGCACACUCCCUACUGCAACUCAGCUCCAGAAGCGGUCACAUAACCUGUCUUCUUUUUUUUCGCUGGUACAGUUGUAGAACAUGUAAUAUCAGUGUAACGAUGAUACAAAAAAUGGAAAGUUGUUACCGUUGAGGUUGAGGAAUCCCCUUGUAUGGACAAAUCAAAGGGAGAUAAGCAUUGAAUAUAUACUGGUCAAAUUU